AUGAAAGGCAUAAUACUAUCUCUUCUGAUGUUGUUAGUUGUUGUAGCAGUCCCUGGAGUUAGAAGUGAUGAGGCAUUUGUUAAACUUUGUGGAAGAGAAUUUAUAAGAGCUGUUAUCUAUACAUGUGGAGGGUCCAGAUGGAGACGACUCAUGAAUGAUCAGCCUCAAGAAGGAACAGGUAAAAUAUGGCAAAACGAUAUAGAAGAAUUGCUUGACAGCCUUCACACAUCCAUGAGAAAAAGACGUGAUCUGAAUCACCUGCUAACUUCAGCUUGUUGUAGGUCUGGUUGCAGCAAAAAAGAAUUAAGUUCUCUUUGUUAA